AUGAAGCUCUCUUGCUCCCUUCUCGCAGCUCUUGCCGUCCUUGGCCAGACUGCUGUUGCUGCUGUUGCUGCUGUGCCGGUUGCUGCCAGAGCUGAGGCUGCAGCUGAGGUUGCAGCUGCUUUACCCCUCGGUAUCAUUGUUAUUCCCCAUAUCUGCUACCAGGAUUCGGAUUGCUCUCCCGGCUGUGCUUCCAGAGGCUUUAAAGGACACGCAAGAUGCCCCGCCCCCGGCAACUCGAAAAAGCUAGCAUUCUCACAUGGUGCUUUGGAAGACAUCCUGCUAUUUGUGUGA